UCACUUUCGUCUUCAGUAAUCCACUAAAAAAAUCAUUUCUACUAGAAAAGAGAGUUAUGAAAGAGGUUUGACAGUUAUUUCUGUAUAAUGAUACAGAAUGAGUAGCAUAGCAGAAGUUACCCUUGAUCAGAUUGACGACUGGUUUGUCGUAGGAAAGAAACCGUCAGCUCCAGUAAAAUCAGUACCUAAAAGCAAAACAGGUGGCCGGAUUUUUGAUGGAAAAACCGGUGAAGCGCGUGUCGCCAAAGCACCAGGUUACGCCGUUCUGUAUCCUGAUAAAAGAACUGCGUAUAUUAAUCAAAGAGAUUAUGCCAAAGUUUACCAAGAAGAAGAAGAACAAAAUCUACUCAGACAUACAAUGCCUACUAGACAGGAGAAUGUUGAAAGUGUCACUGGAAUAAUGGAACAACUGGAAUUAGACAGCACAAUAGCAGGAUCUGUAUCUGGUUCAGUAGCUAUGCCAGAUGAUUUGAUUCCAGCAAAUGCUACAGAUGUAUAUAGAAACUACCAGUUUACACAACAAACUAAGAUAGAUUUACCUAUAUCAAAUCAUAGAGAUGAGAUCAUAGCUACAAUAGAAAGUAAUCAAGUAACAGUUAUACAAGGUUCCACAGGUUCUGGUAAAACAACUCAAGUACCACAAUAUUUAUUAGAUCAUUAUGCUAAAGAGAACCGGUACUGUAAUAUAGUAGUAACACAACCAAGACGAAUUGCUGCUAUGAGCAUUGCUAAGCGUGUCUGUAAUGAAAGAAGCUGGGCUCUUGGUACUGUUUGUGGAUAUCAGGUGGGAUUAGAUCGUAAAGCAUCAGAAGAUACCCGUAUAUUGUAUUGUACUACUGGUGUAUUAAGAGAAAAGAUAGUAGGAGAGAAGAGUAUGGCUCAGUUUACACAUGUUAUACUAGAUGAGAUACAUGAACGAGAUCAAGAAUCUGAUUUUGCACUUCUGAUGGUUCGUAAACUUCUGAGAACGAAUUCUAGAAAUGUCAAGGUUGUGCUAAUGUCUGCUACCUUAGAUUCGAAACAGUUCGCUGAGUAUUUUGCCUUACCAAUACGUGAUCGUCUUGAACCAGCACCAGUGAUUAAUGUGGAGGGUCGUGUGUUCCGUGUAUCAGAGUUUUAUGCCAAUGAUCUGUCUCCAGCUCUUGGACCAUUACCAGACCUAGAUGAUAGAAAAGCCUGUUUAACAGAUGAAGCUUUAGAUAUGGCUGUGAAACUUAUACAAGAACUUGACGUUUUGGAGAUUAAAGAACUUGGGAAAGAUAAUUUAACUGGUUUUGCUCCUGUACGUGGAUCAGUUUUAGUUUUUCUACCAGGUUAUGGUGAAAUAACAGAUGUUUUUGAUAAAUUAUGUCCAUUUGAAUCCAAACAUUGUUUAAAGAUAAUACCUCUUCAUUCUUCAAUAACUAGUGAAGAACAAAAUAGAGUGUUUGAACCACCGCAUAAAGGUUACAGAAAGAUCAUCUUGUCAACGAAUAUAGCAGAAAGUUCUAUCACAGUUACUGAUAUUAAAUAUGUAAUUGAUUUCUGUUUAACUAAGAAUCUUGUUUGUGAUCAAGAUACUAACUAUACACAUUUACAGAUGGAAUGGGCUUCUAAAUCAAACUGUACACAGAGAAAAGGUCGUGCUGGUCGUGUAUCAAAUGGUAGGGCUUAUUUUAUGGUUACACAGAAAUUUUUUGAGGACUUUUUGCCAGAUCAUGGUGUACCUGAAAUGCAGCGCUGUCCAUUAGAGUCUCUUGUGUUGAAGACAAAGAUAUUUGAUAUGGGUGAACCUAAAGCUCUAUUAGGUCUGGCACUUUCUCCACCUAGACUAGAUGAAAUAGAAAGGACUGUACUGAAUCUGAAAGAGGCUGGUGCCCUUGCUACCGGUGUACAUGGUAUAACAAGUAAACAUGAUGGUGAUUUAACUUAUAUUGGUAGAGUACUAGCUGAUUUACCAUUAGAUAUCAGAAUUGGUAAAUUACUGGUAUUGGGUCAUGUUUUUGGUUUAUUAGAAGAAUGUAUCAUUAUAGGAGCUGCUUUAUCAUUGAAGAGUAUUUUUGCCAAACCCUUUAAAGCUAAAUUAGAAGCCUACAAACACAAGCAAGGUUGGUCCGAUUCAUCAUUAAGUGACUGUCUUGCAAUAUUAAAUGCCUACAAGGUUUGGGAUGAAAAAAGAAAAAUGCAUGAAUUCAAGCGUGCAGGUCAAGGUGAAAGAAAGUGGGGAGAAUUGAAUUUUAUUCAGAUUAGACGGAUGAAUGAGGUGUCCGAACUUGUCAAAGAAAUAGAACAGAGACUUCAGAGAUUCAGUAUUGAAAAAUCUAGACAACGACCUAAUUUUAAGAAAGAUAUCAAAGAUCCACAAGAGAGACUAUUAUUGAAGAUUGUUAUAGCCGGAGCUUUCUAUCCUAAUUAUUUCAUGAAAACAGAAAGUGAUGAAACUGAAGCCAUUAAACAACUAUCCAACAAUGAUGCUAUGAAUACUGUCAUGGUUAAAGGUCUUCCAGCUAAUCAAGGAAUGUUAUAUAGAGAGACAUUAGAGACCAUGUUUCGUAAAUGUUAUGCUACUGAAACACCCGUUAUAAGCUUUGAAGAAACUAAAGCUUUUAUUAGUUUCCCUUGGAAGAAUAACACCACAUAUGACCAUAAAGUUCAUCAAGGUGUUUAUACAGCUAUCAAGUUAAGGUAUCUUCGUAUUCCCCUGGAGAUAGAAGUUUAUAGUCGUGAAGAUGCCAGCCAACUGAUGAAUCAGUUACAGAAAGCUAAAGAUAGUGCUAUAGAAAGUGGUAGAUUAAGAACUAACAGAGUAAUGGCUACAGAAACAACUAUGGGAGAACAAGUAGUAACAGAAUCAAUGGUAGUACCUGCACCUGGUCCAGAAAGUCCCUUCUCCAUAAUCUGUGUUACUGAGGUUGUUGAGUGUGGGCAUUUUUGGUCUCAAUAUGUAAAUGCUGAAAGAUUCCAGGAACUGAAGUUCAUUCAAGAUAAUCUAAAUUAUAAUCAAGGCUCUCGACUAUCGCCUCUUUCUGGACAGCUACGCCUAGGAACAUAUUGUGCUGCUGCCUUUAAGGAAAAUGAUAGUGUUGCUUUUUAUAGAGGAAGAAUAGAAGGUAUCACAAAUGAUUCUGAUCCAAGGACUCAAAAAGUUCAUGUAUUUUUUGUGGAUUAUGGUAAUUCAGAGUGGACACCUAGAUCUUCAUUAAGAGCUCUACCGGAUGAUUUUGCUAGUAUUCCAUUCCAGGCUGUUGAAUGUUUUUUGAGUGGUAUCCGUCCGUCUACUGUUAAAUGUCCAGAUGGAGUGUGGAGUCGAGAAGCAAAUUCAAAGUUUAGAGACAAGGUUCUUGGCAAAAAUCUGUUUAUUCAGAUUUAUUCAGUAGUUAGAGAUACGAUUAGAGUGGAACUUUUAGAGAAACAACAAAAUGGCUUGGAAUACAGUAUUAAUCAAGAUUUAAUUAGAAGAGGAUUUGCUGAUCAUGCAGAAGAACCGUUUUUAUCAAAGCAAAGCCAUGACCAACGUGAAUUAGAAAGUAUAACUUUAGCAUCUAAUACUACAUUAGAUAAAGAUAUAGCAGCUAAACAAGGUUUUCUCUCAGUUCAUCUGGCACCAGAUAAAGUUGUUCGUAAGCGUGGUAAAAAAAUGAAGUUAGUUGGCCCUACUAGUCCUCUAGAAAUCUCAUUCUACAGUAUGACAGCAUUAGGUAGAUUAAGAAUAGCCCGUAUAGAUCAAGACAGUGUGAACUCUGUAGCUAUUGAUGAUGAACCUCAGAAUAAACAAGGUAGAAUGAUGGUGGCUUCAUUUGUUGGAUUAAAUCCAACUGGACAAUCAAUGAUAGCUAGAGAUACAACUAUCAUGCCUCUUAUAAAUGGCUUACCGUCAUUAUUAACAUUAUUAUUUACUCCUGUUGCUGAAUUCAGGACAGAUCGCAAAAGAGAGAGGUAUAUUGGUGCUAUCUGUGGUCUGGGUUUUGACCCUCAUACUGGUCAAGCUAUAUUACCAGACCAUGACAUUGAACUGACCUUUGACACUAAAAUAGAUGAUGAAGAUAUUGUCAAGAUAAAUGGUAUUAGAAUGGCUAUAAAUAUAGCUAUUGGUAGUCAGAAUACUGUAGCUGGUUGGGGACCUGAUGCUGUUUAUAAACUACAAAAAAGAGCCAGAGAAAAUCUCAUACAAUUAAUACAGAGAAGAAGAGAACCAAUCGAACCCUGUAACUAUAACAGGGCAUUCUCUUGGAAUAUGGUGGAUCCAUUUUAUGUAUUAGAUCAUGCUCUACCAUUAGAUGAAGAUUAUUCUAUGUUAAAUCCACAUUGUGCUAUAGCUUUAGUUGAAGAAGAAUCUAGAAAAUCAGAUGAACUGAAAAAACAUGUUGAAAAAUUACAUGAAUUCUCUAAAAGUCAUCGGAGAGAAAGUAUGAAAUGUUUAUUAUGUAAUGUAGUCUGUCAGACACCACAAUUAUUAGCUUUACAUUUACAGACACGUAAUCAUACCGAUAAAGAACAUACUUUAUUUAGUAUGUACAGUAAUUGAUCAUCUUUAACGCCAAUAACUGUGAUAACUUUAUCAAACUAAAAGUUUACCAACCAAAUAUUAAACAAAGAGUGUUUGUCAGAUUCAAACUAUGGUUCUCUGUUUUCAAAUUAAAUACAGACUAUGUUUGGAGUACUGUGGUGGCUUGUUAAUGUAUCUACACAAGAUUACUGGUUGGUGUGAUACUACAUGUUGAGUACAUAUAUAAUACAUUGGUAUAAGAUAUUGCUUUAUUUACCUCACAAACUCACCAUUGGAAGAUAUGAUCUUUUGUUUAUGAUUAUCAUAAAUCAUGUUUAUUUUUUUUUGUAAAAUUUAGUUGUUAUUCCAUUGAAAUAUAGUUAUGUUUGUAAAUGUUUUCACUUUGUUGUAAUAAUGUUAAUGAAUACUUACUUUGAUCACAGUUCCAAAUCUGCUAUAAUUUCUUCAGAAUAAUUAAAGACAUAAAAUGUUGUUUUGGAAUAUUUGAGUUAUAAUUGUUUUGGGUUGUUUUUCGUAAACACCUGAGUAGUCCCUCAUUCCUUUUCAGGGAAUCAUGUUUUCUAGUCAUUCAUAAACAUUUAUUCAACUUUAUAUCAUUUAUAUUCAUAUAUAUUAUAUACAUGCAAGUGCUGUAUACAGAGACAUAUAUAUAUAAUUUCAUAGACGUACAUUUAAUUUAUAUCAUUCAUUCUCGAUAUAACCAUAAUAUUUUGGUAAAUUUAAACCUGAACAUAUGAUGGUUAAGAGGCCAGUUACAGUUACUCAUUUUUGUAGUGAAAUUAAUGAAAAAUGCUACUUUUAAUUGUAUGUUAUCUAAAUAGCAUACAGUAUUUUGUCUGAACUGAACUAAUAUGUAGGCUAUCAUAUUUCCAUGCAGGGUCAUAUAGUAUCAUCUUCUCAUGUACAUAUAAUAGGUUUUGUUACUGAAAGUAUUUACAAAUCUAUCAAACCAUAAGUUUAUAUGGUAUUUCAUUUUUGUUGGUCAGAUAUCUGUAAAAAUAUACAGAUUUAUAUUUUAUAUAUUAAUGUUUUUUUUCACCUGAAUAUAUACAUUCAAAAUA